AUGACAGAAACCCACAGAAACCCACAGCUUGAAUCCAUAGCUACCAUGGACGAACUUAAAAAAAUACAGGCCUAUAAAAACAAGCUGGCCGUAAUUGGUGAAGUAUUAGCACGACGGCAUAUGAAAGUAGCUUUUUUUGGCAGAACCAGCAGUGGGAAGAGUUCUGUGAUCAAUGCAAUGCUGUGGGACAAAGUGUUGCCAAGUGGCAUUGGGCACACCACGAACUGCUUUCUCAGCGUGGAAGGAACUGAUGGUGAUAAAGCUUACCUGAUGACUGAAGGCUCAGACGAAAAGAAGAGCGUCAAGACAGUCAAUCAGCUCGCUCACGCGCUCCAUAUGGAUAAAGACUUAGAAGCUGGUUGCUUAGUUCAUGUCUUUUGGCCUAAAACCAAAUGUGCUCUCUUGAGAGACGACUUGGUCUUAGUAGACAGGUAUAACAACUCUUUUGGAUUCAUUCCCAAGGUGUCUUUCUUUGAAACACACACUCCGUCUUGGCUGUAUCUGAGUUCAUGUCCACCAGAGGCUGUUGGCUGCUUUCCCCCCUGCCUUAGAGUGCAUUCGAUGGAAGAGCGAGAAGACCAGAAGGACAGGUUGGAAUUUGUACGAAACCAGCUCAACCUUUUAACAGAUGAGGUUAAGAAGAAAAUUAAAGAUGUUACAGAAGAAGUUGCCAACAAGGUGUCUUCUGCCAUGACUGAUGAAAUCUGUCGGCUUUCAGUUUUGGUAGAUGAGUUUAGCUCUGAUUUCCAUCCAUCUCCACAAGUUUUGAAACUUUAUAAAAGUGAACUCAGCAAGCACCUAGAGGAAGGAUUGGGAAGGAACCUGGCAGUCCGUUGCUCCAGCGAAGUCAACAGCUCUAUGCAUCAAUCCCAGCAAGAAAUUAUUGUUCCUUUGGAAGAUUUUACACAGUGGAAAAGCAGCACAGCUGGAAAGUAUCAUCUUUGCAAAGUAAAACGUCAGAUGUUUUGGAAAUUUAUUGGGACAGAAAGUAAAUCGAAUGUCAACAUGACUGAGAAACAUUUUUUCCACAAAGUGAACGAAAAACUUUCUAAACCAAACAUCUUCAUCCUGAACAAUCGCUGGGAUGCUUCUGCGUCAGAACCUGAAUACAUGGAGGACGUACGCAAACAGCACAUGGAGCGUUGCCUGACUUUCUUGGUGGAUGAGCUCAGGGUUGUGGACCGUUCUGAAGCCCAAAACCGAAUUUUCUUUGUUUCAGCCAAGGAAGUUCUCAGUGCAAGGAAGCAAAAAGCUCAAGGCAUGCCUGAAGGAGGUGGCGCAAUCGCUGAGGGAUUUCAGACACGGUUCCAGGAGUUCCAGCAUUUUGAAAAAAUAUUUGAGGUAAACCUCCAGAGUGUCUAAAGCAGAUUGAGUGGACCCUAUGCAUAUAUAGCCUAUGUCAUCCAUAAAUCUGUCCAUUCCAUGAUUAUCUGCAGAAAUAAAGGCAUUUUGAGCUUGGUGGGUUUUCUUAGAGAGCCAGAAGAGAGCUGCAUUCAAAUAAUUAUGAAUGACUCUUACAUUCAGCUAGCUUUGCACAUUAGUGCAACGUGUAGUUCUGUUCUCUUCCAGUGACUAUCUUGUUCAUCGGAAAGUCAAGAGAAUCCAACUGUUUUUCUAUCGUAGAUGUUUCUAGGUUAGGCUUAUUAUAUUUCUGUGUUCUCCAGGGCUGCAGUUUUAUUCUUGCGGAAAUACAAUUUCUUUUUUCCUUUUUAAGAUUCAGUCAUAAAAACAUGACGUAACUGACCUCUUUCUCUCUGCCCGCCAUGUUUUACUCUGAAUAUGACAACAAUGUAUGUACUUCUGUAUCCGAUACUUGGCAGCUAAGAGUGAAUUUAUAUUGAACUACUGCUGAUAACAUGGCAUUACCCGGGCAUUUAUUUAUAGGGGGGAAAUAUCCAGAUCAAAUAUAAUUUCUAAUGUUGAAUUUUCCCCCUACCAGAGGGAGC